AGCCCAGCGGCGCCGCAGAUAAAGGGUCCCGGGGCGGUGGCAGAAAGGAACCGAGGGAAUUCUGAGCCAGAGGAGAGGCCGAAAGUCAAUCCCAAACUCCAGCAGUGGAGGAGAAUCUUGUUGUCCUUCCCCGUCGGACCCGAGCCGGGGACACUCGGCAGAGCCGCGAAUCCACGGACAUCCCAGCGCCCGCCCCGGCUCCUCCAGCCCCGCCGGCAUCUCGGCCCCUUUCUGCUGAUGUCACGGAGCGGGGCCCGCAGCCGCCUUCCCCGGGAGGGCAGGGAUCGGCCGCCCCUUCCCGGAUCCUCCUCUCUCGCCUCUCCCCUCCCCGGCCCGGCUGCAGCGGAGCCGGGAGCCGCGGCUGCCCGGCAGGUGAGCGCUCUGCAGGGCCUGUCCAUGGAUGCCAGCAAGAAGGUGGAUCUGAAGAUCAUCAUCAUCGGAGCUCUGGGCGUGGGCAAGACCUCCCUGCUGCACCAGUACGUGCACAAGACGUUCUACGAGGAUUACCGCACCACGCUGGGCGCCAGCAUCCUCACCAAGGUCCUCGCCGUGGACAGCACCCCCCUGAAGCUGCAGAUCUGGGACACAGGGGGACAGGAGCGAUUCCGGUCCAUGGUGUCAACCUUCUACAAAGGCUCAGACGGCUGCGUGCUGGCCUUCGACGUGACAGACAGGGAGUCCUUUGAGGCCCUGGACAACUGGAGAGAUGAUUUCCUGGAGAAGGUCAUUCCCAGGGAACAGGAUUUCCCCAUGGUGGUGCUGGGGAACAAGAUAGACCUCAGUGACCGGCAGGUGCCCAAGGAAACGGCCUCGGCCUGGUGCAAGGAGAAGGACAUCCCGUAUUUCGAGGUCAGUGCCAAGAACAACAUCAACGUGGCCGAGGCUUUCGAGACCCUCGCGAAGCAGGCGCUGAGCACGUAUAAAGGGAUUUUUGAGAGUUAUUUAACCGACUCCAUCAAGCUCACUCCCGACGACAAGCCCAAGCAGAGCUGCUGCUGACCCCGGGGCCGCUGCCCACGGCUGGAGCCCUGCCCGGGGGCCCGUGCCCGCUGCCCACCCCAGCCUGCCCACGGGGACUGGCCGCGCCAGGGCACGGGACGGGCACCGCUGGACACGCCGGGGCCGGCUGCCUGCUCAUCCCGGGAUUUGCUGCUUGCCACGGCUCUGGAGCUGCUCACCCGAGCCUCCCAAUCACCGCAGUGUCACGGUGGUGGCCCUGUCCCCCUCCCCGAGCGGGCGAUGUCCCUGCGGUGACGGUGCCAGGGAUGCGGGCAGGGCUCCCGGUGCCUCUCCAGAGACCUUGGCACCACGGGUGACCCUUCCCAGAGCACAGCCUGGUGGCCCCGCGGCUCCCAGGGUGGUACGGGCUGGCCUGGGGGGACAGUUGGGGCUGGUGGCCUCGGCACAGGGACCUGCCACUGUGGAGGCAACUAUUCCGUGCCUCAGUUUCCCCUCCUCUCAUGCAUAUCCCCCAUCAAACACCUUCCCCCUCCCGCCUCACUGGGGAGGAUUCUCAUAAAAGCACUUUG